CCUUCUCACUUUCCCACCUUCCCACCUUCCCACCUUCCCACCUUCCCACCUUCCCACCUUCCCACCUUCCCACCUUCCCACCUUCCCACCUUCCCACCUUCCCACCUUCCCACCUUCCCACCUUCCCACCCUCCCAUCGGGCUCCAGAGUCCCUGGCAAUGA